CAGAAGAAACGUAUAGAAGAGCACAAAAUAUGCAAAAUUUUUAUGGAGACCACACAGCCAGCAAAUUAUGGCUCCUUCCACACUGGUCGCGGCGAGCGCGCAACUUGUAUACAUUCUUUCCACCUUCACGCAGCGAAUCAUCAUCAUCGCCGUGUCUGAUGGUAGGUUGGUAGAUCACCGGCUAACCGCUGAAGUAUGAAUGAAGUUUCGUUUCACGCUAUGGUGAUCUCGUUCUCUCUCGUAGCCGGCAUCAACUGAAUGAAAGGGAGCAAGCGAUAAAAAAUCGAAAACACGUGAGAGUAAAAAAGAGACCCACUAAUGAAACGAGCCGGACAGGUAAGACUAGAGCUUCGUCCCACAGGCCGUAGUUAGCCGCCGAGCGAAUUGAGCCGCCGUCGGUCACCGCUCACUUUGCUACGGGAGAAAAUCGCGUUCGUUGUGCGAGGACCUACGAACCUGGUGCGGCGGCUAACCGGGACUCAGUAUCGUGUUGACUAUCGGUGAGUUAAUACGUGUGCGCUUUGCUGAUCCCCUGACGUUUCGGCGUUGUCGUUCCACAGUCGGCUCAAACCGUUUCUUCCGUUCUUUGCUUGCGUUCAAGUCUCGUGCGCUGCUGCUCGUUUGGGCUCUAGAGCUAUUGGACGCUCCGCGCGCUUCGUGUGAGAGAAGUGGCUCAGCGAGGGAGUUGACAUUCGCAUCCACCCACGCGUCCAAUUAACGACGUCGAUCGGGCUCUGAUACAUGUGCUCUGCUUCUGGGGCUGUUGCUUGAUGAGGUGUUCCACGCGAGGAAGUAAACUUGAUCUAGAUCAACGUGAGUGAAGCUCAAGUGCAAUACGUAUGUAUAGGCUAGACUGCUAGCGCCUUAUUGGCUGCGGUUGUUGGCUUUCCGUUACGGCGGGCGACCUCCCUCGACGACGAGUGUGGAUUUUCGAUGUUCAUCCCGCUUUUUUGUAGUGAGAUCGGAUUUUGUUCCAGCAAUUAUUCACGAUUAUUAAACCCGAUUUAAAGUGGCGUGCUAGUGAGGAUGGUUUGGUGUUAUUGAUUUUCAACGGCAAGGCCUAAUACCGACUGGUCAGUGAUAAUUGAGCAUAAAACAAGAAAACAAGCCGGUGAUUGAUAGUAAUACUGUUUUUGGGAAACACCGUGAAUCGAAUAGAAAAAGGGGAAACGAGUGCUGCUAUUCAUGGAUCAAUUAUGUGAUUUCAUGUGUUGCCGAUGAUAAAUGGAAGCAGAACCGAAGCUCUGACCGAGUCCGUGUUUGAGUGAAUGCUGUUUUCUUUCCAAAGUGUUGUGAGAAGAAACUGAAGGAAGGCAUCCGAAAAGAAAAGAAACUGAGAAGACAAGAAAGGAUUGUGCGAAGAUCAAUUGAUGAUCAAUUAUUGUUGCUCAGUGACAAGUGGUGUUCCAAAAUAGUUUAUCCGUCAUCGUUUGGGGCAUUGUGUCCAUAGUUCAGUUUUGAUCUCUGGGAACGAAAACAUUUUGAAAGGCUGCACGUAGUGCUUUGAGGACGCAGCAAGGCAGGAGACAACGGCCGUUCCAAUCAGGCGGUUCGUAUUUUAUGGAUACAAUAGGUGACCAGAUCGUGCCGUCGCCAAGCUUUUGGGUAAUGCAGUCACCAGAACUAGAAUUUCGGCAUGAGCUGAUGGGGCGCAUAAAUAAAUUGGAAAGUGAUGUCGAGCUGGACGUGGUACCGAUUAAUCAGCAUCAUCCAUCAUCCAGCUCCCCGCUGCCCCAGUCGACACUGUCCGGCUACGGACCCCAAGGUUACGACUAUGGUAAAGAGUUCUUUUUCGCUGGAAACAAACACCGAGAUGCACUAUGCACGGAUGGCGACGAUUCGUUUCUGCGACCUCCGCUGUGGGAGGACAUCACAAGUUCAAUCCAGAACAUUGACCCUGAGAACGCCGUCAUGCUCGGUACGCUGAACGGUAUUCCGCAGGUCAAAACAGAGGCUGUAGAUGAUACCUUUUUGGAGCCUCUCUCCUCACCACUUUUGAGUCCAUUGGAAAUCAAAACCGAGAAGAACCUCUCGAUGCAAAACAACAACAGCAUACACCAAAACCAGUUACUUAGCGAUAGUAGUACUAGUACAAGCAAUGUAUUCCUAGCAAAUAGUGAGUCCAACUACCUGCAUCACUCGCAUCCGCAUCCAGCCUCCCUUGCCACUAGUCAGCAUGCCCAUGCUCAGCAGCACAACCUUAACGGCUACAUGGGCUGUACCAAUGGAAGCGGAAGUCUCCUAGCCAAUACCCACCAUGGUGGUCACCAAAAUCAUCACUCACAUCAUCAAGCUCACCAUCCCCAGGUGAAUCAGAACAACAACUAUUACCAUUGGCCUUCUCAUCAGCCAACCCACGGGGCUCCACAAAUGUACCACCACAAAUACCAUCCACCCGCGCAAGGCCCCACAAUCUGUACGCCAAUUUCGAGGCUUAUGUACGUCCCACCUUUAACCCCGCCCAACUCCGACCCUGGAAGCCCAGGCACCACACUUCAGCAGCUGGCAUCCCUCUCGAUACACAUGGGUCCCACCGGUCAGCAACCCACCCACCUGCAUCACCACCCGCACGGGAUACCAUCGCAGCAAGCGUCUUCAGUGUCCACCGUUCCUGCCGGAUCUCAGCAGCAUCCGCCUUCCUCAGCGGCACUGGCAACGGUGAACCCAACCAGUAAUCCAGCAAUAUCGAUAGCAAUCGGCAAUAGCGGUGGUAGCACCGGUGCCAACAACAACAACAACAACCACAACAGUAGCAGCGGCAGUGGCAGUGGUGGUGGUAGUAGUGGUAACAGUUCCGGAACCGGGCGGAAACGGUCCCAGCACAGCAUCAACCACGUGCUCAGUACGGUUGGUGUGGUGAAGCACAUCGUUGGACGGUACAACCGGCGCAACAAUCCGGAGCUGGAGAAGCGACGGAUACACCACUGUGAUUUUAUGGGUUGCACAAAAGUCUACACCAAAAGCUCGCACCUAAAAGCCCAUCAACGAAUCCAUACAGGCGAAAAACCGUACACCUGCCAGUGGCCCGAGUGCGAGUGGCGUUUCGCGCGAUCCGACGAGCUGACGAGGCACUACCGUAAACACACCGGUGCCAAACCGUUCAAGUGCAUCGUGUGCGAAAGGAGCUUCGCCCGAAGUGACCAUUUGGCGCUGCACAUGAAGCGACAUCUACCAAAAAAUAAGUAAACAACCGGUCUAGGAGGUAUCGCUCCGUACUCUUCAAAUGCUGCACCGUUCAAAAACCGGGGUCUCCUGUGCAGAUCAUCCUCUCCUAAUGGUCGAUUAAACUCAAUAACAUACCGAUUGGUGAACCCGAUGCAAUCCGACGCUGCCGUUUCAUGAGACGAAAAUAAAAACGGAAGAAAUUCCGACAGACAUGCCUAACUAUAGAGAAGCAGACGCAUGCAUGCGUAGCCCCCUAGCUUUAACGUCAGACUUAAGGUUACUCCAAAACAAAUCUCUCCCAAAUAAAUAUUGGUUCACGACCGACCGAUCGACUGUAUAGCUAUCUAUCCGUAUAAAUCUCUGUCUAUUAAUCGAUUUUAAUUGAUCGUUCGAAGUCUUGCAUUCAUUCAGUAAAGCGAAUCGUAGUAGGCACCUACUUUGUUUGCCUCUUCGGUAAAUGGGUGACGGCGCCUACUGUGUUGACUGUCUCAUUUUCUAUAAGGUUUAUACUUGUCGUAAGAAAACAGUUCGCUAGCAGCGAAAUUUUGUUAUUUUUUCAUAAAAUGAAUUUAUUUCUUUACUUUUUGGGAAACUAUUGUGGAAUCCCACUAAGUGGCGAACAAAUGCAUCCCUAAAUUCUUACAAAAAGUCCACCACUCGUGUGAAGAAUCCUGAUAAUUCUCUCAAUACUUCCGUCAAGUAUUUACUACGAAUUUGACCAAAGAGGUAAAGAUGAAUUAUCUACUUCAAGAACUGCGCUGGGAAACUAUUUCACCAAGAAUCUCCCAAGAUAUGCUGUUAGGAAUUCUCCACAAAUUUCAACUGUUAUUUCUUCAUUCAAUUUCAUGAAAAGUGUAGCAGGAAUUGUUUUAGCCAAAUUCACAAAGAAUUUUAUAGAAGUUCACUAAUUAUUAUUCUGACAAACUGUGCUGCAGAUUGUCCCAAAAGUUUCGACUGAAAUUUCACGGGAAACUCCCUUAUAAAGUGUAUUCUAUCAUUACGCAAAGAGUGCUACAAUCAUUUAACAAACACGAUGUUUGAAUAGUCAGUUCUGCUGCCGUUCUACGCCUAACUGUCCCAUGUCAUAUGGGAAUCCCAUAUAACAUGGGACAACAAUGCGUAGAACAGCAGUCUAGCGAAUGCUACUUUCCGAUGAGAGUCCUGAUUACUUAGUAGAAAUCCGUAAAUUUAAUUACAAAUGCGCGAAGACAAUAUAAUUGAAAGUAAUUAAAAGGACGCUGCUGAACUCUGAAUGAAACCUGUGAUCUCAAGA